AUGAUAACUCGCACCUCCAACAAGUUCUCGCACCUCUUCGUCCUGGUCUUCGCCGUCGUCGCCUUGUUCGCUCCGCUCGGAGUGGAAGCUGGUAAGAAGCAAAAAUGGGACAGGCCGCAGAAGCAACACGAGAAGCACCACGGGUGGUGGAAGCCCUGCAGCGACGGUUGGUGGGGCGCGAUGCGCGAGAACAAAGAGGUGCGCGCCGGGGACCGCCGCGUGCUCGGCUGUCUCGUCUCUAACUGCAAGUGGGAACUCAAGAUGUGCGCCAAUGACAUGGUUUGUCGACAGACGACCCGUUGCUUGCGAGACUGCGGCGACGACGGUCGAGAGUGCGCCUUUGACUGCAUUAAGUCCAACGAGGCGUUCAACAGCGAAGAAGUCAAGGCUCUCGGUCAGUGUGCUAUCUCGAACGAGUGCAUGCAAAGCCCGUAA